GCAAACCCAAGGGCUAAGAACCACCGCUUUCAGCAUUCAUUAAUCAAACCUGUUAAAUGAUUACCUUGUUAGGGCUGCUUUGUUGACAAUCCUCCACGAUGACAAUGCGUCAGUGGCAGCGUCCAAAGACAUAUCCAAUAGUGACAUAAAGGACAAGCCUCCCUCACCUCACCCAGUGGGACGGACACCAUGAACAAUAUUUAAGGAAGGAGAAGGCCACCUAGGAAACCAAUGAUCACAAGAGCACUCCAAAGCAAGUGAAACCAGACCAACAGAAAGGGGAGCCAAAUACUUGCUGACAUCCACCCAACUCAAUCUUUCAAAGACAAUUGUGAUCAGUAUUUCAAAUCCCUCAACUAGAUCCACUGCAGGCUGCAAGAAUGCCCCCAGAGUUGAAAGCUGAAGUAAACAUCAUGCCCAAGGUUACCCAGGGGGAUCUGGAGAGCCUGCCUCCAGAAGCAAGGGAGUUCAUUGAAAGUAAUGCCAAGCUGUGCCAACCUGAGAACAUUCACAUCUGCGAUGGCUCAGAAGAAGAAAACAAAAAAAUUCUGGACAUCAUGGUAGAGCAAGGCAUGAUUAAGAAGCUGAGCAAGUAUGAGAACUGCUGGUUGGCUCUCACUGACCCAAGAGAUGUAGCAAGAAUUGAGAGCAAAACUGUCAUUAUCACUCAAGAACAGAGAGAUACCACUCCAAUCCCUAAAACUGGAACUAGCCAGCUGGGGCGCUGGAUGUCAGAAGAAGAUUUUGAGAAAGCCUUCAAUACCAGAUUCCCAGGCUGCAUGCAAGGACGCACAAUGUAUGUCAUCCCCUUCAGCAUGGGGCCUAUUGGGUCUCCUUUGUCCAAGAUUGGGAUUGAGCUGACAGAUUCACCAUACGUGGUGGCCAGCAUGAGGAUCAUGACGCGGAUGGGAACAGCUGCUUUGAAAGCCCUGAGCAAUGGAGAGUUUGUAAAAUGCCUUCACUCGGUUGGAUGUCCUCUACCACUAAAAGAACCAUUAAUCAACAACUGGCCGUGCAACCCAGAGUUAACGCUGAUUGCUCAUCUCCCGGAUCGCAGAGAGAUCAUUUCAUUUGGCAGCGGUUACGGAGGAAACUCCUUACUGGGGAAAAAAUGCUUUGCUCUCAGAAUUGCCAGCAGAAUUGCCAAGGAAGAGGGCUGGUUAGCAGAGCACAUGCUGAUCCUGGGCAUUACAAAUCCAGAAGGUGAGAAGAAGUAUUUUGCUGCAGCAUUCCCUAGUGCCUGUGGAAAAACUAACUUGGCCAUGAUGAACCCAAGCCUGCCAGGAUGGAAGAUUGAGUGCGUGGGUGAUGAUAUCGCCUGGAUGAAAUUUGAUGAACACGGCGACUUAAGGGCAAUCAAUCCAGAAAAUGGCUUUUUUGGAGUUGCCCCUGGAACCUCUGUCAAAACAAACCCCAAUGCUAUUAAAACCAUAUUCAAGAACACCAUCUUUACCAACGUAGCUGAAACCAGUGAUGGCGGUGUCUAUUGGGAAGGCAUUGACGAGCCAUUGCAACCAGGAGUAACCCUGACUUCAUGGAAGAACAAGGAUUGGACCCCAGAUAAGGGUAACCCUGCCUUAUUCCACAUUCUCUCCUGGCUUUCUCUGCUGAAUUUCAGUUCAACCUGUCAUUAUGACCUUUUUAUUGUAUUCUGUACAGGGGAACCUUGUGCUCAUCCCAACUCACGAUUCUGCACUCCAGCCAGGCAGUGCCCCAUCAUGGACCCUGCCUGGGAAUCACCCGAAGGUGUCCCCAUUGAAGGGAUAAUAUUUGGAGGCCGCAGACCUGCUGGUGUGCCUCUUGUAUAUGAGGCUUUUAACUGGCAGCACGGAGUAUUUAUAGGAGCAGCCAUGAGAUCUGAAGCAACAGCAGCUGCUGAGCACAAAGGCAAAAUCAUUAUGCACGAUCCAUUUGCCAUGAGACCUUUCUUUGGCUACAAUUUUGGCAAAUACUUAGCCCACUGGCUUAGCAUGGCACAUCGCCCAGCGGCAAGACUACCAAGGAUCUUUCAUGUUAACUGGUUCCGGAAAGACAGCCAAGGGAAAUUCCUGUGGCCUGGCUAUGGAGAAAAUUCCCGUGUGCUGGAGUGGAUGUUCAACAGAAUUCAAGGGAAGGCCUCUGCCAAGCCAACUGCUAUAGGUUACAUCCCUGCUGAUGCUGCUUUGAACCUGAAGGGUUUAGAAGACGUCAACUUGACUGAACUGUUUGAUAUCUCCAAAGAGUUCUGGGAAAAGGAGGUGGAAGAAAUCAAACAAUACUUUGAAGGGCAAGUUAAUGCUGACCUUCCCUACGAAAUAGAAAGAGAAAUGCUUGCCUUGGAGAUGAGGAUAAAACAGCUGUAGCUGAUCAGAAAAACAAUUAUUUAUCAAUCCGCAUAUAUAGGACAAAAACAUUUUACCAAAUCACCACUGGAAGUACAACAGCACACUGAUGAAUGAGGGUUAUAAUGAAAGUAGGUCUUAGUUUGGUUGGGCUAUAGAUAAGGGCAUCCUAAAGUAACUCCAGACCUAAUGAUUUAUAACUGCAUCAGUUGUUGUGAAUUGGUGAGCAGCUGUGAGAAUGUAUGUGCACGGUCUUCAGAACUCUGAUCUGUCACUCACAUGCACAACUCUGCAUAUAGUUAUGAUGUAUUUAAAUUACUUGCUGACAGUUCUGCAGAUACGAUCUAAAAUGAUCCACCCCGCAAGGUGUAGCACAUUGUUCCUAUCACACAAGCCACUAGAGUCUCAGAUUAAUUUUUUCAUACUUCAGCAGUAUCGCUUACAGGAAAGAAUGAAAAUUAAAUGUAUAUAUGUAUUAUCUAAGGAUAUUUCAUGGCUUAAAUAUUUUUUUAGAAAAAAUGAAGUUGUAACUUUUACCAGAGUGAAAGAUGACUUUGUAUUACUAAUGCAUAUUUAAGAUAUUGCUAUUAUAUAUGCCUCAUGUUCCUGUGAUUUCCAGAUGUUUUGCAUGGCUUGUUCUUUAAACUAUUGAAAUAAAUGUUUAUACAAAAUAUGACCUC